UUUCAGUCAAUUUUCAUUAAAAACCGCUUCAAGAUUUUUUCCCAUUUUCCAUGUUUCAGCUUUAAACGACCACGAGAAUUUCUUUGCCGAAUGGGUGUAGUUAUUAUUUAACAUCGAUUUCUUCAACUAAAGCAGCGGCAAUGAUUCAUGUAGCUUUGCCAGAUAACAACGUUGAAACAUGAUAAUGUAUUUCAUUCCCUGUUGAUCAGAGGAAUUUGAGUAGAGUUUUGAUCGGCAUACAAGUUGUCAUUAAUUUCAGUUGUCAUGAAGAAAGAUCUUCGAGAAUUGGUUUACAGCAUGAAUGAUUUAAGCUUGUGGUUGUGAAAAGUAACUGGUCCCACUGAUUAGACCAAGAUGAUCGAAUCAUCAGAUUCGCAAGUUACAAAAUAUUUUUCAGCAAAUCCUGAUUCUUCAUCUCAAGCCAUCAGUGAAGUUGAUCAGAAACCUGAUACUGGUAAUAUUGAAGAAGCAGAAUCAUCUCUCCGGGAGAGUAAUUCUUUGAAUUAUGAGGAAGCAAGAGCAUUACUAGGAAGAUAUGAAUAUCAAAAGGGAAACACAGAAGCUGCUCUUCAUAAUUUUGGGAGGUAUAAAGAAGCUGCUGAAUCAUGCAAAGUUGUUCUGGAUGUUAUUGAAUCAUCAUUCUCAUUAGGCUUACCUCAAAACCUUGGAACCGAUCAUAAAUUGCAAGAGACUCUAACCAACUCAGUCGGGUUACUUCCCGAGUUAUAUCAACUCGCUGAGUCACACCAGGAAGCAAUCAUAUCAUUCCGAAGAGCCCUACUCCAUCACUGGAACCUCGACAAAGAAACAACAGCAAAAAUUCAAAAACAAUUUGCAAUUUUUCUUCUCUACAGUGGAUCAGAAGAAGCAAACCCUCCUAAUUUCCGUUUCCAAACAGAUGGUUCAUUCAUACCCAAAAACAACAUAGAAGAAGCUAUUCUAAUUUUAAUGAUUCUACUGAGAAAAGUUUGUUUAAAGAAAAUCGAGUGGGACCCAGAUAUCUUAGAUCAUCUUUCUUACGCGUUAUCCAUAUCCGGUGGACUCGUUUCUUUGGGUAAACAAUUGGAAGAAUUACUUCCGGGGAUAAUUGAAAACAACGAAAGGUGUUUACUUUUAGCCCUAUGUUACUAUGCACAAAACGACUGUUCAUCCGCUUUGAAUUUGAUAAAAAUUAUACAAGAAACCGAUGAUCGACAUAUCGUGUUGCCUUUAUUAAUCGCUUCAAAAAUUCAUUCUGAAACCUCGAAUUCCGCAGAAGGAGUAAGGACUUCAAAGAGAGCGAUUCAUUUAUUGAAAGAUAAAUGUGAGGAAAUGAUGGGUGUCGCGUAUUCCUUUUUGGGUGUUUCUGUUUCAUCCCAUUCGAAAUCUGAAUCGGAAUCACUUCAGUGUUUAGAAACAGCAGGGAGGUUGACCAAAAUGGUUGACUCUCAAAUCGUUUAUCUUCUCGGUUUAGAAAGCGCUGAACAAAGAAAGCUGGACGAUGCUUUUGGUUACGCGAAUCGUUUGAUCAAUUUGGAAGGUGGGUCCCACGUCAGAGGGUGGAUGCUAUUGGCGCGAAUCCUGUCAGCUCAAAAACGGUUUAAAGAUGGCGAAAGUGUGAUCAAUGCCGCUUUGGAUCAGACUGUGAAAUGGGAUCAAGGCGAGUUAUUAAGAACUAAAGCCAAGUUACAACUCGCACGGGGUCAAGUGAAACGUGCUAUUCAGACGUAUACUCAGCUACUUGCUGUUCUUCAAGUUCAGUUGAAAAGCUUCGGAUUCUCAAAGAAGAACCAUGAUCGGAAGUUGGAGUUAGAAACAUGGAAUGAUCUUGCUAAGGUGUACAUAAGAUUGUCUCAAUGGCAAGAUGCUGAGGCGUGUUUGAUGAAAUCGAAGGCUAUUUGUAACUAUUCGGCUUCUACACGACAUACCACUGGAUUGUUGUAUGAAGCUCAGGGUUUGAAUAGACAAGCUUUAAAAGCAUAUAAACAUGCGUUAGAUGUGGAUCCUGGUGAUGUUGAGAGUCUUGUUUCCAUGGCGGUGGUGUUGAGGAAGGUCGGUGGCGGGGCUGGAGCGGUGGGGCGGGGCUUUUUGAAUGAAGCUCUGCGGGUGGACAGGAUGAGGUCUUCGGUUUGGUAUAAUUUGGGGUUGUAUCUUAGAGAUGAGAGUCCGAUGGAAGCUGCUGAUUGUUUUGAGGCUGCUGGUGUAUUAAAAGAAACAGAACCCAUCGAACCCUUCAGAUAAAUAAAUUAAUAAACAAUCGUAUGUUUGUUUUAAA